AUGCCUAAUGAAAGUUCUUUAACUGCAAUGAUAUUAGAUUCUAGAAUGAAAAAUUUUCCAUUUAUGAAUAGACCUGAUCGUAUACAGCAAAAAACACAAGCUGAGUUUCUUUUAAGGGAUUUAUAUACUCAGCUUAAGCAAGAGUUAACUAAUAAAAAUCUUGAG